AUGCUCGCCAGAGCUCUCACCCGCUCCCUGCUGGCGUCAAGGCAGUCAAUGGCCACUGUCCCCCGGAGGUGCCCUGCCAUUCUUCCUAGGAACAGCCCACUGCUCCUGGGUGCCCUGCAACAACAGCAGCAGUCAAGAACAUAUGCCCUCAAGAAACGAAGACCAUACACUGGCGGCGACCCAAGCAAGGACGUAGACCCCGCCGACGCCGAACCCAUCAUCCCCACAGAGGCCAAUGCCCCACCACUCUCCCAGGGCGAGGCUGCCGCCUCCUCCUCCUCCUCCUCCCCCUCCAGCAUCCCAACUCCCGAUGCAGAACCCACCCCGUCUGAAGACCCAUUCGCGAAAAAGACCAGCACUGGUGGCGGAAAAGGCGACGAACCCUUCCCCAAGCCCUCCUACGUCUCGUCCACCGACCGAAAGCGUGAGCGCCUCGCCCGCCUCGUCUUCGCCUCCUUCCUCGCCGCCCUCGUCGGCGGCACAAUCUACCUCGGCCAGGACCUCUCCGAGUUCGAGAAAACAAUCUACGACCCCGCCACCGUCCCCAAUGGCUGGACGGCGUCCGCGUUCAUUGCGCGCAUAAAGGCGCGAGUCCAGAACGUGCUCGACUUCUAUAACGAGCCGCCGUUCGAGAAGCUGCUCCCCGACCCGCACCCAGACUACUCGCGCCCGUACACGCUCGUCAUUGCGCUUGAGGACUUGUGUGUGCAUAGUGCGUGGGACCGCGAGCAUGGAUGGCGCAUUGCGAAGCGCCCAGGGUUGGACUACUUUUUGGCCUAUCUGUUUAAUUACUAUGAGAUUGUGGUGUUUGCGAACCAGCAUGACCAGAUUGCGGCGCCCGUCAUACAGAAAAUGGAUCAGUACCCUGGGUACAUCAUGUAUCCGCUCUUUAGGUCGCAUACGAGGUACAAGGAUGGCAAGUAUAUCAAGGACCUGAAUUACCUGAAUAGGGACCUGUCGAAGGUUAUCAUGCUAGAGACGAACCCGGAUGCGUGGGCGAUGAAUCCAAACAACACGAUCAAAAUGAAGCCGUGGACGGGCGAUCCGAACGAUAAGGAGCUGGUCAAGCUGAUCCCGUUCUUGGAGUAUAUUGCGGCUAUGGGCAUCAGCGAUGUGCGCCCGGUCAUUGAGGACUUUGGCGACAAGGACGUGGCGACGGAGUUUGCGAGGAGAGAAGCGCUAGCACGGGCAGAGUUGAAGAAGAGGGUUGAGAAGGAGAGGGCGCAGAAGAAGGGGUCGCUAGGGGAGGUCUUGAUGGGUGCGCUGGGGAUGGCCCCGCCGAAGAAGAGAAAGGAGGAUGAGGAGAAGACGUUCAUGGAUCUGGCGAGGGAGAGGGGUCAGCAGAUGUAUGAGGAGACGCAGAAACAUAUUGCGGAGCAUAAGGAUGAGAUGAUGAGGGAGCAGAAGAAUAUGGAAAGGGAGGCGGCCGAGCAGAUGAAGACGAGUUUGAGUAAGAUCUUUACAGAGGGCCUGCCGAAACCUCCGGGACAAGCUUAA